UGUAAGCAAAAGAAAGAAAACAUGCUGUAAAAAGAACAAUAGAAAAAAAAUCAAAGCCAGAAUGCCUCAUCAUUCCUAGAGUUGUAGACGAUGGCAAUAAGGGAACUUAAAAUCUGUCUUCUCGGGGAUACAGGAGUUGGGAAAUCAAGUAUUGUGUGCCGGUUUGUGCAGGAUCAGUUUGACCACAGCAUGAGUCCAACGAUUGGCGCAUCAUUCUUAACCAAGACUAUACCCUGUGGAAAUGAACUUCACAAAUUUUUAAUCUGGGACACUGCGGGCCAGGAGAGGUUUCACUCAUUAGCCCCGAUGUACUACAGAGGGUCAGCAGCUGCAGUUGUUGUAUAUGACAUCACCAAGCUGGACUCCUUUCAGACGCUGAAAAAGUGGGUGAAGGAGUUGAAGGAAUAUGGUCCAGAAGACAUCGUCGUGGCUAUCGCAGGGAACAAGACUGACCUAGGUGACAUCAGGGAAGUCCCUAUGAAGGAAGCGAAGGAAUUUGCAGAGUCCAUUGCAGCUAUUUUCAUUGAAACCAGCGCAAGAAAUGCUGUCAAUGUGGAAGAGCUUUUUAGAAAAAUUAGUCGGCAGAUCCCACCUUUAGACCCUCAAGACGUAGACAGCAACGACUCCUUUAAGCUGAGCCGACAGCCAUUGCCUCUGAACAAGCGCUGCUGCUCAUAAGAAGUAUGUUACCUAGAAUGCACAAUAUGGCUUUUGAAAUCACAAGAGCGUAUAGUGAGCAUAUCUGACACUAUAUUAGUUUGCUACUGUCGUAGGAGUCAGGACUGAUGCACCACAUGCGACCUGAAAUUCUGGGAUUUUUUGAAUUUGUCAUCAACUCAGGAUACGAUUAUAGUCAUACAGCACCUAUUCCCAACCUUCCUAAUUACCUCCUAGCUUGCAUAUAGGUUUUGAAAUACAGCACUUAACUCUGUAAAAUAAAAAUCACGAAGCCACCCUCCACAAAUCACCCAGCUGUUUCUUUUCACUUAUCCUUCCAUUUGUCAUGUUGGCCAGGUCUGUGCAGAUGGAUCAUAUACGCACUCAUAUUUUCACCAGACAUUCUUAUCUUACGUGUAAGGCCAGUGUUUGCUUUUGCCUUGUUGCCACUGGGUCAUCCUCCAUGGCACUCUCAGUUUUUCUUGCGAGGAACAGCUCUUGGGACAUUAAAUGAUCAUGGAGGCAGUCCUUCUCCUUACUUUGGCUCUGGAAACCCAACACUGAAAGCAACUCUGUCUUGGUAGCGAUGGACUAGUUUCUUGAAGGUUAGCUCUCAAGCAGUUGACAUAGCUUGUAAGCACUUGACACACCUCAAAAUCCAGUUGAGCCACUGUAUGAUGAUUGAAUGCACAUACCAACUUUUAACAAGAAUUGUAAAGACUUGUAAUAGCUAAACUUAUGUAUUUAGAGGUUAAGGAGGAGGGUUGUAAUUCAUACAUUCUAACUAUUCAAUCUUAAAAACUGCGUGUCAGCCUACAGUGCUUUGGACUUUGCCAGCUGCAGUGGAAAAGGAUUGCAAGGGGGUUAGCAAGUGUGUUAUUUGAACAGUGUUCUAAGAAAAGGGACCCAUAACUCAUUUUACCCCUGAAGUAAACCUGUGUUUCAAUAGUCAAAGCACAGUGUUAUGCACAAAGCACAACUAUUAGUUUCCUCGCCAUAGUAUCCAGUGUUGCACAGUCUGCAACAUCACCUUAUACUAAUGAGUAUAUAUUGCGCUGUUUUUGUUAAUCCGUACAGUAUUUAAAUUAUUGAUUGCUCAUGGUACAUUGUGGUACAUCUUUCCUCCUAAAGGUAACAUGGAUUACCAAGCGUACAAUAUAUGCCUGUGUUAUAUCAUAGAAAGAUAUACUUGACCUUUGGAGCUUUGGAACUGGAUUCUUUAAGCAUUA